GUAAAUGAGUUUUUUAGUUUAUUUCUCUCCAGCAAAGCAUUUUGCAAUGGUGUGAGAGACAUCCAGAUGAGUCGGCAGGACCCACCGAGGGGUCCAUGCUUGCCACAGAGGCCGAAUCAGAGCAUAGCACUGUUGACACCUGGCAGUGGGCUGAUGACGAGGUUCCAGACGAGCAGCUGCUGGAGCCGCCCAGGAUCCCACAGCGCUUCAAUCUCUCUCUCCUCCGUGAUAGAAAGCAGGAGUUCUCUCCGGACUUGCAAUCUGGACUGCCGGAGGUCCCGGACGUGCUUUGGGAGCUCGAAGUUCCAGAUGAGGAGACUUGCUUUGAAAGCUUUCCGCACACAUGCCCAAUGCCACAGGUCAGAAAGAUGGGGACAGUUCGCGAAGAAAUGGUGAUAGCUCAGGAGUGCAAGCCUUUGAAGGUGAUUGCGGGGAGGACGCCAAAGAUGUGCCAUGAUGAUGCCGCACAAGUCACAUCCUUUGCAGACAAGGUCGCGGACUUGAUGGAACGGGUCUCGAACCAACGUCCACAUGAGCUCGAUGGUACCAUACACCCAACUCCACGUUCGCCGCCAGUCCUGGGGAGGCUUACCAAAUCGGAGGCGGGAACCACCUUCGAGGAUGUCAGCAUCCCUUUGCUGAAGAAUGACAUACACUCACAGGCCAAAGAAGACGUUAUGGCGCGCUUGCCUGGUGAGGAAGUACAGCCCGGAAGCAAAGCUGCUGCCGCGGAGGAUGGGCUUUUUGGAGAGGUGCCUUCGGUCUAUGAUGUGCUUCGAAAUCAGUUUGCAGACAUCAACCGCGAGAACCAGAGGUAUGUGACAGUCACGGACUUUAUGCAGUUUGUGGAAUGGCGAGCUCGGCAGUGUGGUGGGGUGCCAGCAGAAAGUGAGCACCUUCUGCAAGAGACGGCAAAACGCUGCUUUCAACAAGCCUCUGUGCGCAGGGAGGGCAUUCGGUCAGAGGAUUGGCUUCACUUUGGGCUCCUGUCCACCACUUCUCCAUGGCACCUGAACAGGCGCGUACGUCGAGAAUUGGUCAAGAAUCCACAAUUCCUCAGACAGGUGCUGCAUGCUUUUGAAACAGCUGAUGUUCGAGGUGAAGGUCGCUUGCACAUCAGCAACAUCAAGGCAAGUUUCCUGAACUGCGAUGAGCUGGUAUCACAGGUAGAGCUGGCGGCAAAAAAUCCGGGUCAAAGUGAGGAACUUGGGUACUACGAUUUUGUCGCGUAUUGUUUGGGAUAUCGGCGAUCAUCGGUUAAGUUGAAUUGGUACGAUGUGUCACGAGGCUAUGCAAAGUGGUUGCCUGGUGCCUUGCUUGGCCAGGAUUUGGAAGGCAUAUGGCAUACUGGCAUUGUAGCUUUUGGCCGUGAGUACUGGUUUGGUGGGAAGGUCUUGGCAUCUGAGCCUGGCAAGGCGCCGUUUGCAGGACCUAUUCGCUGCACAGAGCUUGGCACCACCUUGAACACCAAAGAGGAACUGGAAGACUGGCUGCGCUUUGAUGUGGUUUCGAGGUACACUCGGGAGAGCUAUGAUGUCCUCUCACACAACUGCAAUCACUUUUCUGAUGAGGUUGCAGGAUUUCUGAUUGAGGGCUGCCACAUCCCAGAUGAAGCCCGCCGGCAGCCAGAGGCAUUGAUGGGGACUUCGACCAUCAACGUGGUGCGCCCGAUCUUGAAUGGCUGGCUCGGUGGCUUUGAGGGGGGCGAUAGCUCCGAGAUUGAUGAUUUGACGGAAGAGUGGCGCGCACGACUUUGGCCAGGUGACCUGUGCCUCUACGAUCACUCUGGGAAUCAGAAGCUUAAAUUGGCACAGGUCUCCAACGUGGAUAUCUUCAACUGCACUUGUGAUAUCAGUUUUUUUGAUUCUGAUGGUGCACAGCGAGGUCUCGGACCUUUUGCCUUCGUUGGAUCCAGUUUGCGACGCUUCCCUCACCUGAGCUCUUCUUGGGACUGGCACCUGGUGAGGAAAUCUGUUCCUCUCUCCUCUUUGCGCCCUCACGAGACUGGCGUUGUCAGUGGACGAGGUGCCCUACUGCGUCCAGGAGUCAGGAGAAUAGACCCUGGCAUUCAGACCAUUCUGAAACGAAAGGCGGUGGUCUAUGCGCAUUGUGCACAGGGCCACAUCAUGCAGCAAUCCGACGGCCGGUGGUCGUUGGUAUCUUUGCUGCGUGCAAAGCUUUCCACAUCUUGCAGCAUUUGCUCCAAAGAAAUUGCCAUGGACCGAAAACUGCAGUGCGCGGUGUGCGGCUUCUAUUUGUGCAGCGCCUGUGACCGAAAGGGUCUCUUCAGAGGCUACUACUCUUUGGGAUCCAUUGCAGCACCUACAGCGAGGCAGCUGCUACAAGAGCCAAGUUGGAUUUCCUACAAGGCAAUGCGGUACUUGGCAGCAGCUGGGAAGCCUGGUGGCCCGUUGAGUUUGGACAUAUGGCAAGGAAAGCUUGCAGCGCGGGUCUAUGGUGAUUUGGGGCAAGACCUGCCCAGCAAGGUGAGAGGGAGAGAAUGGGAGGGAGAUGAGACUCUCAAGGGCCUUAAGGGUAUGCCAUGCCCUCUACAAAGACAUGCAAUUGGAACUGGUCCAGCUUGUCAAGGAAGAGCUCAUACGCCAAUUCCGCCACUAUGCAGACCAGGGUGAUGGGUCACUCAAUCUGGAUAUCUCGCAGGAUCAAUUCUGCGCACUCCUGAGCGAGAUGCUGGCAACACACUCAUUCAUGUUUCACCUUUGAGCCAUCUCGCCUGUGUGGUCAGUUUGGCAUCAAUGCGUAAGAACAAACAGCCUCAAGCGCUGUGAAGUCACUAGUAGUGCUGGCUUUCCAAAGAGAAAGUAAAGUGCUCGUGAUACGACAACGUUCUUCCAGCUGUUGCAUGUUUUAGAUCUUGUGCUCAGUGCUUAC